ACGUGAACAACCUCUGUYGUCAAGAUGGCGAUCGAUCUAAGGAAGAAUCGAAGUGAACUCCUAAAAACAUGGCAAGAUAUCUUCGAUGAUAAAUCCAGCACAAAUUGGGCUGUAUUUGGCUACGAAGGGAAAACGAAUACUCUGAAAGUCGCCGAGACUGGAGAGGAUGGUCUAGAGGAGUUGGUUGAUGAACUGAAUGACGGCAAAAUCCUUUAUGCUGGAAUCAAAGUGAUAGAUCCUAAUACAAACUUACCUAAGAUUGUCUUCAUUAACUGGUCUGGAGAAGGUGUUCCAUCAUCAAGGAAGGGARCAUGUGCMAACCACAUCAGAGAUGUAGAAAAUCUUUUCAAGGGUGCCCAUGUUGUGAUUAAUGCAAGAAAUGAAGAUGAUGUGGAAGAGAAAGUAAUUUUAGAAAAAGUCAAAAAGGCUUCAGGAGCUGCAUACAGCGUUCACAAAGAAAAGGCACAGAAAGCAGAACCAAUUCUACCAGUUGGCUCUGUUUACAAACGAACAAACAUUGGCAAAGAGAUUAAUGUCAACAAACGAGAUCAGUUUUGGGCAUCAGCUGAGCAACAAGAAAAACAGAGAAUUUCAGAAGAGAAGAAAGAACAAGUUCAAAAAGCAAAUGAAUUAGAAAGAAAAAGAAAAGAAAGGGAGGCCAAAGAGUCAGAAAGAAGAGAAGAAGAAUAUAGAGUCAGAUCYAAAAGCAUUGAAGAGCAAAGAAAGCAUGCCAAACAAGUUGAGGAACAAAAGAAAGAAGAAGACAGACAGCGAUGGGAAAGGCAACGUGAAGAAGAUGAAAGAGAYCAACAACUGCAAAAAUCUCGUGCAGACUCUCUAAGAAACGAGAGAAUGAAGGAAGCUGAAUCAUUAAUUCAGAAAGGCAAAGUUGAAAAACCACGCUUUGAAGAAAAGAAAGCCCCUGCACCAGCACCGCUUCCAAAAAAGAAACCUCCAGGUCCAUUACCUAAGAAAGUUCCCAUUCCAAAACCUGCGCCAGUGCGACAACCUGAACCAGAGCCUGAGCCAGAACCAGAGCCUGAGCCAGAACCAGAGCCUGAACCAACACCAACUGAACCUGAACCUGCUCCGGCCCCAGUCCACAUUCCAAAGCCUAUGAGACCACCAUCAGAUUCAGAGGAAGAGGAAGAAACUCAAUGGGAAGAUGAUUCACAACAAAAUGUUCCAGAGAUUCCUCGUACUGAGCCACAGCCCGUUGAUGAUACAUACGAUGAAAUAUCACAAGAGCCACAAUUUACUGAACCAACUCCCCCUGCGSAUGAAGAACCAGAAGAUCUGUAUGAGAAUGUUGAAUUGCCACAAGCUCAGUCAGAGCCUGCUCCCUCAACUGAUACUGGUGUAUCUGCCAGGGCACUUUACGACUACCAAGCAGAAAACGAAAGUGARAUCACAUUUGACCCUGGUGACAUCAUCACAAAUAUCUCUGAAAUUGACGAAGGCUGGUGGCAGGGGACUGGGCCUGAUGGCCACUUUGGUAUGUUCCCAGCAAACUACGUUGAGAGAAUUGAUGGUGAACAGCAGCAAACGUAUGAAGAACCAGAAAGUACUCCAAGUGCAGGGACAAGAGCCCAAGCUUUAUACGACUAUCAAGCCACUGACGAUAGUGAAAUAACCUUUGAUCCUGGUGACAUUAUAACUGAUGUUGAAAUGGUCGACGAAGGAUGGUGGAGAGGAACUGGGCCUGAUGGUAGCUUUGGCAUGUUUCCAGCAAAUUAUGUUGAGCUUAUAUCAUAAUUCAAAUUACUUUUAGAUAUAAACUACACGUUAAACAGUAUACUAAUAUUUACAUGGCUCAUAAUGUUGAUGUUUUGUUGGUGUUGUGUUAGGAAGAAAAGUAAUUGAUAGAGCUUGUUAGUCGUCUCAUCCUUGUAAUACUGUCGACUAUCAAUCAAAGUGAUAAACAUAUAUUUUAUUGUACAUGUAAUAAGCACCUUAAUCGGCAUAAUGACAAAUCAAAUAUCCAUGUUUGACAAAUUGUUAUUACAGRACAAGGAAAUAGUUUUUUCUAACUCUCUUUAUAUAAAAUAAAUCAUAACAGUGAUUAAGGAACAAUAAGAAAUUGCUUAGGAUAUUUUGUAUUUUUUGAGAGCAUUCUGCUAAUAAAAUAAAAUGAAACUU